AUGAUCGAGGACGGGCAAAUGCCCGUCUCCGGAACACGCGAUCAAGUCUUGUCUCCUAGCCCGGACUCUCUGGCCAUGAAUAGUAUAUCUGUUGCACAGCUCAAAGCUUCGAGGUCCACCACCAACGACAACAAUGAGGCCCUGCUACGGCUCCAUAUUCCGCUGGCCGAGCAUCAACAACAAAAAAAGAGGUCCGACAAGGCAGCAGAAACAAAAACACCAGCAGCCGCAGCCGCAGCAGCCGCCUUGAUGCGCCGAGAUCACCGGCUGGUCCACGUAGCAUUGUCCGGAUCUCUUCCAGCCCCAGCCUCUGCCCCAGGGAAGGGAACGUCUGUGGACACCGAUCUAGGGGAUCCGGCGCAGGGUUCCGCCCCGUCAGUAGAACCCACAAAGAAGACUGACUCCAUGAAUGAAUGGUUGCUGGUCUCUGAGAGCGCUGGCAGCUCCAUGCUGCACCCCUUAGAGACCCCUUCCAUCUCCCUCAAAAACACCGUUGGCCUUGUCUCAGACAAGCGUGCAUCCGCUAGCAGGCGGGGGCUUGAGCUCCAUUCUUCCUCUGUCCGUGCUCGUACCUCCAUCUGCCACUUACCAAUGCCAUCCAUCUUGUCCGAUCCGGCCUCUCCUCAAAACCUCCGGGGACGCCACCCGGGUCAAAGCUCCGAAUGA